AGGCUUAAAAACAGUACAUUAAUAUCAAUAACCUUUAACGCCGAGUAAUUCUAAUCAAUCUGGAUUUUAAGGGGCCCCUUUAAAAUUUCUUAGACUGGGUCCUAGGGCGAAAUGAUCCCGUUUUUCUCCCCCCCCCCUGAUGAAGGUCCUGCGUUAGACGUGCGAAAACGUGCGGUACCGCGACGUUCUCCCGCCAGCGGUACGUAAACGCGAUAACGGUUGCCGCGCAAUUUGCACUCGAGUUGGUUCGUUAUCCGUGUUCCGUUAAGUUUACUGACGGACGGUGCUAAAACGAUAACACACCUACCGCAAAUUUGGUGUACCCUUGCUCUAAUUUUGUAAUUCUUUCCACGUCAAUAAUUAAUACUCGAUACCGGCAAAUACCUGGCCACAAUUUCAUAAUUCCUGCUCUACCGGUUUUUCCGGAAUUUUCUACGAUCUGAUAUGGAGUCAACGUUGGAAAAUUCGACUUUCCGGAAAAACUAGUUAGGAGCAGGAAUUGUAAAAAAUAUUGUCAGGAAUUCACCGGAAUCGUGAGUAUUAAUUGCGGACGUAGAAGAAAAAUUUGAAAAAUUAAAAAUGGAGGAGGGGGUGGUUUCGGCUAACGUAGGUUAAAAUGUGUCGUGGGAUUCGCGUGUUUACGUACGGUAAGUGUGCGGCAAACGGAUCGUUCGAACCGGGCGGGAAAAACGACGAGUCCGCGUGCACAGAUAAGACCGCCGGCGUUAUCUCCACGAAAACAACAACGACGACAAAUGCACGAGCUUAUCGGCCAGCAUUGCUAUUACGAUGUGGCUGGUGACCGCCCGGUCGUCGAGCAAUAAUUGUCGUGGCCACGCGCGAGUGAAAGAGUGAGAGUGCGAUAGAGUGGAGCGAAAGAAAAACCCAACAGUGCGAUGGACGAGGAAACCCGAGUGGCCCGUAGACGCUGUUCCUCGGUCAUCCCCGCGGCGCGGACGACAGCAUCACCAUCAUCCUGCAGGGCGUCGGCCACGAGGACGUGGAGCGCGUGCUCCAGUUCGUGUACACGGGCGCGGCCGUCGUGCCCGGCCACAGCAUGGAUGGCUUCAUGACGACCGCCGGAGCGCUGGGUAUCGGACCGCUGCUGGACCCCCGUCGGCACAUGGACACGUUCACCACUCGGCCACCGCCGCCGCCACCGCCGUCGCGAUACCACCGUCCGUGCACUCCACCACCCGCGUACGAUCCACCGCCGUCCAGGAUCCGGCAGCUGCCCAGGACUACGGGUAUCUUGACGCCUUCGCCCUGGGCCCAAAAUUCCCGGCCACCGUGCGCCGCUCCCAAGUACCCGGCUCUCAGAACCACGCAUGACCCGGCACCGAGGACCGUGCACGACCUGGCUCCUAGGAUCGUGCACGAAUUGGCUACCGGGACCGCGCAGGACUCGGAUACCGGAACAGCACAGGACUUGACUCCCAGGACCGCACGGAACUCAAAAACCGGGCAGUCGCCGAUCACGACCGCGGUACAGGUAACGGAAAUUAAAAAAGAGCCACUACCAAAUCCGCUACCACUGACUCCACUAGACGAAUCCACAACAGUCUUAACGCCGUCCACACCGUCUUCAGACACAGAAAAGGAUACGAAUCCGAAUCAAAGAGUUACUAGUGACGCUAACAAUAACGGGAUUCCGGAACAAGACCGGAAUGCGAAUCAAACGAAAAACCACGUUUGUCAGGAAUGUGGAAAAACUUUUGUGACUAAAGCAUCACUCAAGAUCCACCAGAGAACGCACACGGGCGAGAAACCGUUCGUGUGCGAGUCGUGCGGCAAGCAGUUCAGCCAGCUGCGGAACUACAAGUACCACCGGUCGGUGCACGAGGGCACGCGCGAGUUCUCGGGCAGCUGCCCGGAGUGCGGUAAGCUGUUCAACGACCGCGGUUACCUGAGCUCGCACAUGAAGAUCCACCGGAACCGGAAGGAGUACGGGUGCGAGCACUGCGGCAAGUCGUUCAACCAGCGCGUGGCGUACAACAUGCACGUUCGCAUACACACGGGCGAGAAGCCGCACCGGUGCCACCACUGCGGCAAGUCGUUCACCCGCAAGAUGCUGCUCAAGCAGCACGUGCGCAUACACACGGGCGAGAAGCCGUUCGCGUGUGCGGUCUGCCACAAACCGUUCGCCGACCGGUCAAACAUGACGUUGCACAUGCGCCUGCACUCGGGCGUCAAGCCGUAUGCGUGCGCGGUGUGCGGCAAGUCGUUCACCAAGAAACAUCACCUCAAGACGCACAUGAACUACCACACGGGCGUCAAGCCGUACGCGUGCGACAAGUGCGGUCUGACGUUCAGCCAGAGCAGCAACAUGCGCACGCACCUGAAGAAGUGCAACGCCGCGACGCCCUCGACCGACAGCCGUCGCCGCCAGCACCAGCACCAGCCGUGGGAACGCGGGAACGCGGCCGCACCGGAGUCGGCGGUCGCCGUUUGAGCAGCGGUCGCGGGAAACGGUAAAACAUCCGUUUUCCCUAUCUUUCCCGCCGCUCCUUCUCCUCUCCUACUAUCACUUGUCCUUGCCGUCUAUCUGUUACUGCCGGUGCCGGAUCCGCGGGGUCGGUGGACAACUGGGUACGCUGAAAAAUACACAAAACAUAAGAAUCAAAAACACACCCUGUUUUUUCACCUGCGCGGAAGGGGAUUUCCGGCACUGGGUUCAUUGCCAUACGUUCGCGCGUGACGAUCUCACAUCGUCCCCGUGUUCUAUCCGUAAACGUUGUUGUAAUUUAUAGUUUUUUUUUAUUAUUAUUUGUAUAAUAUUUUGUUGAGUCGAAAAAUAAAAAAAACAUUGA